UUUACUGCAGCGACGGCGGUGGUGGCGGCGGCGGCAACGGCAUCCUGCAGCCUUGGUGGGGACACGGCGACGGGGCUGGGGUUGCGGUUCCCAAGGUUUUCUCACCGGAUUUGCCCACCCCCCCGUCCUCCUUAGAUACGUCCUCUCCUUGUUCUCCUAUGCCGGGGCGCCCACGGGUGGUCCGACAGAGAACAUCCCAGCACGAGAUGAAGCUGUGACAGAUGGGGAAGCUGAGGCCCAGAGGGGUAAUUUUUUCAAGAUCACAUAGAAGAGCCCGGAUUUGAAUACAGUUCUUCUGAUUGUUUGAAAAAACAAUGGCAGGAAACAGCCUUGUUCUACCCAUCGUUCUUUGGGGUCGCAAAGCCCCAACACACUGCAUCUCAGCAGUUCUUUUAACAGAUGAUGGGGCCACAAUUGUAACUGGAUGCCACGAUGGACAAAUAUGUCUCUGGGAUCUUUCAGUAGAAUUGGAAGUUAAUCCUCGAGCACUGUUGUUUGGUCAUACAGCUUCGAUCACUUGUUUGUCUAAAGCUUGUGCUUCUAGUGACAAGCAGUAUAUUGUGAGUGCAUCUGAAAGUGGAGAAAUGUGCCUCUGGGAUGUGAAUGAUGGCAGAUGUAUUGAAUUUACAAAGUUGGCCUGCACUCAUACUGGCAUACAGUUCUACCAGUUCUCUGUUGGAAACCAGAGAGAAGGAAGGCUUUUAUGCUAUGGCCAUUAUCCUGAAAUCCUUGUUGUGGAUGCCACCAGCCUUGAGGUGUUAUACUCCUUAGUCUCAAAGAUAUCUCCAGACUGGAUUAGCUCCAUGAGCAUUAUUCGAUCCCACCGAACACAAGAGGACACUGUGGUGGCACUUUCAGUGACAGGCAUCUUGAAGGUGUGGAUUGUUACCUCUGAAGUAAGUGGCAUGCAGGAUACUGAGCCAAUAUUUGAGGAGGAAUCCAAACCAAUUUAUUGUCAGAAUUGCCAAAGCAUCUCUUUUUGUGCAUUCACACAAAGGUCACUUUUGGUUGUGUGCUCCAAAUAUUGGAGGGUAUUUGAUGCUGGAGACUAUUCCCUGUUGUGUUCAGGUCCGAGUGAAAAUGGACAGGCAUGGACUGGAGGUGACUUUGUAUCCGCAGAUAAAGUAAUCAUUUGGACUGAAAAUGGGCAAAGUUAUAUUUAUAAACUACCUGCCAGUUGCCUUCCAGCUAGUGAUUCAUUCCGCAGCGAUGUGGGGAAAGCAGUUGAAAAUUUAAUUCCUCCUGUACAACAUAGUCUUUUGAAUCGAACAGAUAAAGAGUUGCUAAUUUGUCCUCCUGUCACUCGGUUCUUCUAUGGAGGGAGGGAAUACUUCCAUAAACUGUUAAUUCAGGGUGAUUCAUCUGGGAGAUUGAAUAUUUGGAACAUAUCGGACACACCUAAUAAGCAGGAAGGUGAAGAAGGGCUGGAAAUGACUACUUCUAUUAGUUUGCAAGAGGCAUUUGAUAAACUGAAUCCCUGUCCUGCUGGAAUUAUAGAUCAACUGAGUGUGAUUCCCAAUAGUAAAGAACCUCUUAAAGUAACUGCAAGUGUGUACAUACCAGCACAUGGACGGCUUGUUUGUGGCCGUGAAGAUGGAAGCAUCAUUAUUGUACCUGCCACACAGACAGCCAUAGUACAGCUGCUACAAGGGGAACACAUGCUCCGAAGAGGUUGGCCACCUCACAGAACACUUCGUGGUCAUCGGAACAAGGUCACAUGUUUGCUAUAUCCUCAUCAGGUCUCAGCUCGUUAUGAUCAAAGAUAUCUGAUAUCUGGAGGUGUGGAUUUUUCAGUCAUAAUUUGGGACAUAUUUUCCGGAGAAAUGAAACAUAUCUUCUGUGUGCAUGGUGGUGAGAUUACUCAACUUCUAGUUCCACCUGAAAACUGUAGUGCGAGAGUGCAGCACUGCAUCUGCUCUGUAGCCAGUGACCACUCAGUAGGACUCCUAAGUUUGCGUGAGAAAAAAUGCAUUAUGCUAGCAUCUCGUCAUCUUUUCCCUAUUCAAGUAAUCAAGUGGAGGCCUUCUGAUGAUUACCUAGUGGUGGGGUGUUCAGAUGGCUCUGUGUACGUUUGGCAAAUGGAUACUGGUGCGUUGGAUCGUUGUGUGAUGGGGAUAACAGCAGUAGAGAUUCUGAACGCUUGUGACGAAGCCGUUCCCGCUGCAGUUGAUUCACUUAGUCAUCCAGCAGUCAACCUAAAACAAGCUAUGACAAGACGUAGUCUUGCUGCCCUUAAAAAUAUGGCCCAUCAUAAGCUGCAAACCCUUGCAACUAACCUUUUGGCUUCUGAGGCGUCUGACAAAGGAAAUUUACCUAAAUAUUCUCAUAACUCCCUGAUGGUUCAAGCAAUAAAGACAAACCUAACAGACCCGGACAUACAUGUGCUUUUCUUUGAUGUGGAAGCGUUGAUUAUUCAACUCCUGACUGAAGAAGCCUCUAGGCCGAAUACUGCGCUUAUUUCCCCAGAGAAUUUGCAAAAAGCAUCUGGCAGUUCCGACAAAGGAGGCUCUUUUCUAACUGGAAAGCGAGCAGCAGUUCUCUUCCAACAAGUGAAAGAAACUAUCAAAGAGAACAUAAAGGAACAUCUCCUUGAUGAUGAAGAGGAGGAUGAGGAGAUAAUGAGGCAAAGAAGGGAAGAAAGUGAUCCUGAAUAUCGGGCCAGCAAAUCUAAGCCAUUGACCCUAUUAGAAUAUAAUUUAACUAUGGACACUGCAAAAUUAUUCAUGUCCUGCCUUCAUGCCUGGGGUUUGAAUGAAGUUCUGGAUGAAGUUUGUCUUGAUCGCCUUGGAAUGCUCAAACCCCAUUGCACAGUAUCAUUUGGUCUCUUAUCCAGAGGAGGUCAUAUGUCACUGAUGCUUCCUGGUUAUAAUCAGGCUGCUUGUAAACUGUCACACGGGAAAGCAGAAGUAGGAAGGAAGCUGCCAGCAACUGAGGGAGUAGGAAAAGGAACUUAUGGAGUGUCCCGAGCCGUCACCACACAACAUCUUCUGUCCGUCAUAUCUUUGGCAAAUACCUUAAUGAGUAUGACCAAUGCAACUUUUAUUGGUGAUCAUAUGAAGAAGGGCCCUACCAGGCCACCUAGACCAAGCACCCCAGACCUUUCUAAGGCAAGGGGUUCCCCUCCAACUUCCAGUAAUGUUGUGCAAGGACAGAUUAAACAAGUUCCUGCACCUGUCGUUUCCGCUCGGUCUGAUGCUGAUCACUCUGGCUCGGACCCUGCUUCUACUCCUGCUUUACAUACCUGUUUCUUAGUAAAUGAAGGAUGGAGUCAGUUGGCUGCUAUGCAUUGUGUUAUGCUGCCAGACCUGUUGGGAUUGGACAAGUUUAGGCCUCCACUUCUAGAGAUGCUGGCUCGGAGAUGGCAAGAUCGAUGCUUGGAGGUCAGAGAAGCCGCUCAGGCCCUGCUGCUGGCAGAACUGAGGAGAAUUGAGCAGGCGGGACGGAAGGAAGCCAUUGAUGCCUGGGCUCCUUAUUUGCCUCAGUAUAUGGACCAUGUCAUAUCACCUGGAGUGUCAGCAGAAGCCACACAGACUGUCAGCACUGCUCCCGAUGCUUUGGGGCCAGAAGCCAAAGCGCAGGAGGAAGAGCAUGACCUUGUAGAUGAUGACAUCACAACUGGUUGCUUAUCAAGUGUCCCACAAAUGAAAAAAAUUUCCACAUCGUAUGAGGAAAGACGGAAGCAAGCUACUGCUAUUGUUUUACUGGGAGUUAUAGGAGCUGAAUUCGGUGCUGAAAUUGAACCUCCUAAACUGUUGACCAGACCUCGAAGCUCUAGUCAAAUUCCUGAGGGAUUUGGUUUGACUAGUGGUGGAUCCAACUACUCACUGGCUAGACAUACUUGUAAGGCACUGACAUUUCUUCUGCUGCAGCCGCCAAGCCCAAAACUUCCUCCACACAGCACUAUCCGAAGGACAGCCAUUGAUCUAAUCGGACGCGGUUUCACAGUUUGGGAGCCUUACAUGGAUGUGUCUGCUGUCCUGAUGGGGCUUCUCGAACUUUGUGCUGAUGCCGAAAAACAACUUGCCAACAUCACAAUGGGGCUGCCUCUGAGCCCAGCAGCUGACUCCGCCCGCUCUGCAAGGCAUGCGCUCUCACUCAUUGCCACUGCCAGACCACCCGCCUUCAUCACAACUAUAGCCAAAGAGGUACACAGACAUACUGCUCUUGCAGCAAACACCCAGUCGCAGCAGAAUAUGCACACCACAACUCUCGCACGAGCUAAAGGGGAAAUUCUGAGAGUCAUUGAAAUUCUCAUUGAAAAGAUGCCCACAGAUGUUGUAGAUCUUCUUGUGGAGGUUAUGGAUAUCAUUAUGUACUGCCUUGAAGGAUCUUUAGUUAAAAAGAAGGGUCUUCAAGAAUGUUUCCCAGCCAUCUGCAGGUUCUACAUGGUCAGCUAUUAUGAGCGGAAUCACAGAAUAGCAGUUGGAGCUCGCCAUGGUUCAGUGGCCCUGUACGACAUCCGGACUGGAAAAUGUCAGACAAUCCAUGGACACAAGGGACCAAUCACUGCAGUGGCCUUUGCUCCUGAUGGACGAUAUCUUGCCACCUACUCAAACACUGACAGCCACAUUUCUUUCUGGCAGAUGAAUACCUCACUGUUGGGAAGCAUCGGCAUGCUGAACUCGGCACCUCAGCUGCGCUGUAUUAAAACCUACCAGGUGCCCCCCGUGCAGCCGGCUUCCCCCGGCUCGCACAACGCACUCAGACUGGCCCGGCUCAUCUGGACUUCCAACCGCAACGUCAUCCUCAUGGCCCACGACGGGAGGGAGCACCGCUUCAUGGUCUAAUGCUGCUGUCUGCUGCCGUGACUGCUGCUUAGUUCUUUCAAUCCUCUAGGCCGAGAUUCCUCUGUCCUUGCUCUCACUGGAUCAUUCCGCAGUGCCUGCCCGCACCAGUGUCAUCCAGGGGUGCGGCCGGGUCUGUGUCACUUCUGCAUGGUUCUCGGGGACAGAUUCCUGCUCGUGCCACCUAUUGAUUCAGAGGCAAGCACACAUCGCUCUGCAGGAUGUGGCCGUUCUGUCACUAGGUCGUUUUUCCCAGCUGGAGAGGGAGGGGAAGCCAGCGGUCCUGGGAACGCUCCUGUUGCUUGGUGCACUAGGAGCCCGAAAAUCAAUAAACACUGUGAUUGCACUCUCAGCCCAGAUCAGCAUUUUCUUCAAGCUAAACCCCCCCCCUCUGAAGUGCUGCCUGAACCUGGUGGUUUUGAUGUUGAGUUCUGAGGUAAUGUGGCAGUCCUAGUCAUCAAAAUUAUUUUCCUUUGAUUUCCUAAAACAUGCUAUUGUUUACCAAAAAGAUUGUGUGUAUACUUGGGUUUUUUCUUCUGGUAAUUGCUAGCAAAUUACUCAAUCCAAUUUCGUAGGACUUAGCCGCUACCUUCUUUAUUAAUACCUAACCAAUUUGAGAUUAAUAUUUGAGAAAUAUACAAAAAAAAUUUUUCCUCAUGGAGAAUACAGUUUCCCAGACACCUAAUCUUCUAAAAUGCUCAUAUCCUGCUUAAGUGAUAGUGUAUUUAGUAGUUUGAAAUAGAAAUCAUCACUGUUAGGAUCUAGUUAAUAUAAUUAUCCAGCCGCUAUAACUAAUCUCUUAAAUGGACUUUUGUAACAAAGAACCAAGUUUGAAAGUAUAGCAUAUACCUAAAAAGAAAACUCUUGUGUCUGUUGCUACAGAUCUUUUUAAGAAAGAGUUUACCCCUUCCUUCCAGAAACUUUAUAGACCUGCAGUUCCCCUGUGUACGAACUGUGUCAGUUAUCAUGUAAUAAUUAUAAUUCAGCCUUCAAACUACUCCUGAUCAAUUAAAGAAAAACUAAAACUAAGACAGGAUUUCUUUUAAACAAACGUCCUAGAAAAUCAGUAACUACGGCACGAGCAUCCAGGAGUAUCUAUAAACACGUGAAGGCUCCCAGUUAGUCUGACCAAACGUUGCAAUGAGGGUGUUGACCACGCUUCAAAGUAAGCUUUAAGUAGGUUGCUUUCUUCUCCUUAUGUCAAAUUAUGCCAGUUCUUGCUCAUAGUAAUGGAAAAAAUAUCAUCAAACAAUAUUUUGUAUAAAUUGCUCCUAACAAACCUUGAUCUGUGGAUAGUUGGGGAUUUGGUUGGUUAGUUGGUUGGUUGAUUGUUGAUUGGUUGGUUAGUUGGGCAAAUAUUGUUUAUUAAAUGCAAAAAUAGAAAAUUAUUUAUUAAAUUCAGAGAAAAUAUGUAGAAUUUACAGAGGAACCAAAAUAAUAAUGGGAGCAUUUAAUUUAAAAGGCAUAGAUUGUCAGAGUUUAUGUAAUAUACAAAAAAGUAGGAUCACAGUCCAGGAACAAAUACAUCUGUUAUUUUAUUGAAACAGAUUUUUAAAGAAAAUGUUAAGAAAUUAAGACCAAUAGAAUGUCCCUUUCAUAUUGAUAUGAAGUAUGUUCUUUCCGUUGAUGGCACACCUGUACUAUUCCUUGGUUUUAGACUUUGGGUGUUCUUUCAAAAGUGAAUUUAUGCCACAUGCAUGUACAUUGUAUUUAUAAAGAUUAUAUAUGUAGUUUGCAAGGAAGAAACAACUAUACAGUGUAGACUUAUUUGUUUGGUGAACAUGCUGUUGUGUUUGAUGCAGCUAGAGAAACCUGAGGUAAACCAAAGGUGUCGUCGGUUUUUCCAGUGGGCUCCCACGUCUUCUGGAUACCCAGCACAUGUUUACUUUGUGAACUUAAAUGGGGGUUAAUUUAUUCUACAGGCUGUUUUGGAAUGAUGAAGUAAAAGUAGACCUUAGAGAUUUUUUAAAACAAAAUGUUCAGUGCAUCAGGAGGAAGCUGUGAGACCGGGAGGCAGGCCACCACAAAUGCAUGGAUGGCGCUCAGCACACAGACUUAGGACAAAGCUGUGAGGCCUGAAGGAGCAGAAUCCCUGGGCAUGGGGCAUAGGCCAGCCUGUGACACAUUCUGUCUGCAUAGGCAGCCAAAAUUAAUUGGCCAAUAGAAUAUUAUGAUUGUAAACUCUGGGGUGGAUGAUAUUUGAUAAUUAGACAGAUAUCUCUAACUGCUAGACUAAUAUUUGCAUUCUUGUCAACACAAAUCUCUCCUUGGCUAUUUUGGACAACCACCGUCCCAAACUUCAUCACAGCUUAGAUUUCUCAGCACUAAGGUAAACUUUGUAUUGUCAUCCCAGUGUACGCUUUUACUGUUUUAUUGAUUUCAUUGGCAGUGUAUUUGGACCUGUCCUUGUAAAUGUAGAGACGUAUGUGGUUUCAUUGGUAAUUUGCAAGCAAAAGAUGACAUGGCGUGACACCUGUAUGAAAAUGUAAUGAUUGAACUCUGUGUACAGCAAGUGAAUUAAAAUGUCUGCCUCUCAAGACAUUUCUUGAUGACUGCACCAAUAGAUUCUAUACGUGCUGAAUGUCCCUGUGUACAUAUGUGUGUUAAAUAAAACUGAAUUGUACUGAC